AUGGCAGAUCGAGAUGAAUUCACAGACAGUACAGACUGGCUCCAAACUCCUCUCGCCGCCCUUGCACCCCUCGAUUCGUCACUGCGAUGUCAAGUCUGUAAGGACUACUUCACCACUCCUAUGAUGACCAGCUGUUCCCACACCUUCUGCAGUCUCUGUAUACGAAGGUGUCUUUCUCAGGAAGGAAGAUGCCCGGCGUGUCGAGACGCUGAUCAGGAAAUAAAGCUGCGGAGAAACUGGGCAGUCGAAGAAUUGGUCGCCCAUUUCACUGCCUCCCGCAAAGGUCUCCUCGCGUUUGCGACGGCGAGUCUUGCCAAGGGAAGGGAACGGGAGGAUGAUGGCGAGACUCAGAGACCGAGGAAGAGGCGGAAGCUGGCACCAGAAUCGACAAGCAACGGCAUUGAAAGACGGAGCACCCGAAGUCAGAGUAGGAAAAUUGCCUCGGAUAUCGACAGUCAACAGAGCAUGGCAUCAACCCAGGAAGUCAUAGAUGACAGCGAGGAAGAAGGAAGUGUCUACGAGGACCCAGAAGAACAUAAGAGCCCACACUUCGUCAAUGACAAUGGCAAUCUGGAACCACAGGAUGGUCUCGUCCAGUGUCCAUGUUGCCACCGGCGAAUGAAAGAAGCGCUCAUAAAUUCGCAUCUAGAUAAAUGCAUACAAGGAGACAGCCAUACGCCGGGCGACGAGGUCGGAUCUUAUUCUCCGGCUCCACCUUCUAAUGCCCGACAUGUCGCCCCGCCUGGCACCAUUGCCUAUGCUCAGGGGAAACCUGCCAAACAACAUGAUCGCUUGCCCUUUAUAAACUACUCCCUCCUCUCUGACAACGCAUUACGGAAAAAGCUGCGAGAUCUGGGCAUUCCCUAUCUCGGCUCAAAAGAUCUUAUGCGCAGGCGCCACACCGAGUGGGUGAAUCUGUGGAACGCCAAUUGCGACUCUACCAAACCAGUGACAAAAAGAGAGUUACUGCGGGAAUUGAAGAUCUGGGAGGAUACGCUGGGACGGCAACCGGAAAAGCCGUCAAAUACGGGGUUUAUGGCAAAAGAUUUUGACAGAGAACGCCACGUGAAGAGCCAAAAAAGCCAUUUUGACGACCUGAUCCGGCAGGCUAGGGCGAGGAAACCAAAAUUUCCCGAGGAAAAGUCGUCGUCUGCAGCGGAAAACCCAACAUCAGACGCCGCUCCAUGGGAUCCGAUGGAGAGCGCGUCCCCAAGGCAAAUAUCUGGAGCUGAGCCAGCAGGUUCAGAAUGCUCAGCUGACGCUGGAGAAAGAUCCAGUCCUGGAAGUGUAGUGGAAAUACAAGGGCGACAGCACCUCGAGUCUAAGGAGGAUACAACCAACGGUCACUCUGAGGAGACUGCAAGAGCUAUCCCAUCACCCCAACAGUUGGAAGAUACAUCAGAAUCACAGUUGGCUGUUCAGGUUGACCUGACACUACCUCCGGAACGACCUCACGGCAGGUUCUUCGUCUGA